AUGUUUAGCUGGUUGGGGCGGCAGGCGGGCGGGCGCGAACGAGCGGGCGGCGCGGACGCGGUGCAGACGGUGACGGGCGGCCUGCGCUCGCUCUACCUGCGCAAGGUGCUGCCGCUGGAGGAGGCGUACCGCUUCCACGAGUUCCACUCGCCGGCGCUGGAGGACGCCGACUUUGAGAACAAGCCCAUGAUCCUGCUGGUGGGCCAGUACAGCACGGGCAAGACCACGUUCAUCAGAUACUUACUGGAGCAAGAUUUCCCAGGCAUGAGGAUUGGUCCAGAGCCCACCACCGACUCCUUCAUCGCCGUGAUGUAUGGGGAGACUGAGGGCAGCACCCCAGGGAACGCUUUAGUCGUGGACCCCAAAAAGCCAUUUCGAAAGCUUAGUCGCUUUGGAAAUGCUUUCCUCAAUCGGUUCAUGUGCUCCCAGCUGCCCAAUCAGGUCCUGAAGAGCAUCAGCAUCAUCGACAGCCCCGGCAUCCUGUCCGGGGAGAAGCAGCGCAUCAGCCGAGCUCCUCCCAGCUUUAAGGCAUCCCCAGGCUUCAUCAGCAUGCCCUUCUACCAUCGCCCUUGGAUCCAGAAGUUGAGCGGACAGGACCCAAGGUGGAGCCUUGAGGUUGUGGGUGAGCAAGCCGAGGCCGGGGAGGAGACAGCUUGCCCAGGGCUGCUCAGCGAGCGCGUGGGCAGCGGUGGCAGCGCCUGA